GCGGCGGCGGCAGUUCCGGCAAGAGGCGUCACUCCCGGAGCGGCGGGCGGCCAGGCGGGCAAGUGGAACAACACAUGGGGGGAGGAAAGCAACAAAGAGGACCUUUCCAAGGUGUGCGUGUGAAAAACUCCGUGAAAGAACUGCUGUUGCAUAUUAGAAACAGCAAACAGAUGUCAUCAGGUCAUGGUGCUGAAGAAUUAUUGAAGGCACAAGGAGGAACAGUGAAUUAUGAACAAUAUGCAGAGUUGAGGAACAUAUUAAAUAAUGAUAGGAAAAGAAAAGCUCAUGAAUCUCUUUCUGAUGGAUCCUGCUAUAAAAGGGCAUCUAUGUUCCAACAUCUCUUGACACCUCCACAGACACCAACAUCAAUGGAUAACAACAUGGAGGAUGCUCAAAUAAAUGAUCCCAAACAAGACAGCGGUUGUGAUAUGCUGCAGAACAUUAUCAAUAUUAAGAAUGAAUCAAGCCCUGUUUCUCUGAACACGGUGCAAGUGAGCUGGCUUCACACGAUGGCUAAUUCUAAUUCACCACGGGAACAAUAUCAAGAGAUUGCAGGAGCACAGGCUUUCUCCCCUCCUCAGAAAUACCAAGCGUUUCAAGCAAACAGUCACUCACAAAUGCAGGAACCACCCCAAAAUUACCAGUUUUCUCCCACACAGCCCCAGGAUUUGCCACAGCACUACAGCCAGAAUUCGCUGAUGGAAUACAGACCACAUUCUGCAAGCAGCCAGUCCUCUGACUAUCAGCAAAACCUUUUUGAAAGCCGGGAACUUCAGUAUUGCCCGACUCAAAGUUUUGCGGCUCUCUUAAACGAUACAGAGGGGCAAGACAACCUUUCUGCCUCUCUCUGCCAGCCUUUUCCCGGAGGCCACCAGCAGCCUGAUAUCACUAGCCACCCUCAGAAUUGUAGCCUGCUACCAAACAACACCUGCAGUGGUCUGGAGGAGCAUGGCUUAUCGCUGGCCACUCCAAAUAUUUCUGCACAACACCAGGGUAUCAGUGGGAACACAGCACAGCUGGGCAAAUCGUUUUUCCAGUGGCAGGUGGAACAGGAAGAAAACAAGUUGGCCAACAUUUCACAAGAUCAAAUCCUUGCCAAAGAUUCCGACGGUGACACGUUUCUCCACAUUGCCGUUGCCCAGGGACGACGGGCAGUUUCUUAUGUGUUGGCGAGAAAGAUGGCAGCCCUGCACAUGCUGGAUAUUAAGGAGCACAAUGGCCAGAGUGCCCUGCAGGUAGCUGUGGCUGCAAAUCAGCAUCUUAUUGUGCAUGACUUGGUUAGCCUUGGGGCACAAGUGAAUACAACGGACUGCUGGGGUAGGACACCGUUGCACGUGUGUGCUGAAAAAGGGCAUGCACAAGUCCUUCAGGCAAUCCAGAAAGGAGCCAUUGUAAGUGAUCAGUACGUAGAUUUGGAGGCAACCAACUAUGAUGGUCUGACAGCAUUGCACUGUGCAGUAAUAACCCAUAAUGCUAUAGUACAUGAGCUACAGAACCAGCAGUCACCUCACACUCCUGAGGUCCAGGAACUGAGAUUGAAAAGCAAGAAGUUGGCAGACACAAUCAAAUUUCUAAUCCAGAUGGGGGCCUCUGUUGAAGCCAGAGAUCGUAAAAGUGGCCGCUCAGCCCUUCACUUGGCUGCUGAAGAAGCAAAUGUGGAACUCCUUCGUCUAUUUUUAGAGCUGCCCACCUGCCUUUCUUUCAUCAAUGCAAAGGCUUACAAUGGCAAUACAGCACUCCACGUAGCUGCCAGUUUGCAGCAUCGGAUGACUCAGCUGGAUGCAGUUCGGUUGUUGAUGCGAAAGGGAGCUGAUCCAAGUGCCAGAAACUUGGAGAAUGAGCAGCCAGUUCACUUGGUUCCUGAUGGCCCUGUAGGAAUUGAGAUAAGACGUAUUCUGAAGGGGAAGACAGUUCAGCAGAGAUCUUCAGCCUAUUAAGCUCCAUGAAUACCGACGACUUUACACUCACUGUCAGUUAGGCAGUCCUAAUGUAACUGUAAAUAGACCAUUUGUCCCGUAGAGGCAAAUGUUAGUUGUUUCUAUGAAACAAACAUGUUUUGUUCACUAUUAUAUAGUGGGUUAAUGACAAUUCUUCUGAACAGAUGGGAAUGAUUCAUACCCAGGUAUUCUGGAUCAUCAUCUGAACUCAGUUUUGCAGUCACGGCAAAAUAAAAUAA